UCAGGGAAGAUCAAACUACCUACUGUAGGUUGACCCCUGAGCCUCCGUGCUUCCCCUCAAGGAUACAGGUUGCACCCCAGGGACACCAUCACAGGGGACACCAUGGAUCUAGGAAAGAAGCUCAGCACUCCUAAAGACAUUAUGUUUGAGGAGUUAUCGUUGCUUUCCAACAGAGGCUCCCGACUUUUCAAAAUGCGCCAGAGGAGAUCUGAAAAAUACACAUUUGAAAGUAUCCAAAACGAGGCAAACGCACAGCUAAAUAGUGAUAUUUUAUCCGAGAACAUUCACCCUGUUGAAAUUAAAGUGGACGCACCAGCCGAUGAAAACACUGUUAACCCAGACAGCACAGUUUCAGAUGCGACUCCAGAGAAGAUGCCUAAAUCCUAUCACUCUCCAUGGGAGAUGGCCAUGCUCAGUGAUCCAGACCUCGCUGAAACUCUCAAACUGAGAAUGCCUGAACUGGACCCACGACCAGAUCUCCCUGAGUACAAAUCCUUUAACCGGGUUGCCACUCCGUAUGGUGGCUUUGACAAAGCUCCCAGAGGAAUCACAUUCAAACUCCCUGAGUUGGACCUGAACCCACCAGCAUACCCAGAGCUCCAGGAGCCGGGGAUGAAGCGCCCCACCUUCAACAGGACAGCCCAGGGAUGGAUAUCCGAGGGCACCCAUCUGAUCCUACCCACCAUUACACUUGAGCCCAUCACAGUCCCAGUCCCAGAGUCUGAUGACCUGUAGAGGGUCGUAUCUGACCUGGAAACAUGAUGUUGGCUGAGCAGUCGAUUAGCAGCGCAGUUACAGUUUCCCAUGCAAUGGACAACAAAAUGUGUCACGCAUCUAUUCUGCAGUUGGCCAGUAUGUUUGCUGUACACUGAAAAAAAAAAAAAACUGUAUCCAAACAAAAUUAUGUAAAUAACAAAAGGAAUGUGCUACAUAUAACUCAAGAGUUUCCACUGACACUGACAAAAAACUGUAAAUUUUAUAAAUGUUCAAAUGAAUUGAUGAAUAUGUGAUGUAAAUAAAGACAACUUAUCUAUUGAUGUCACACAAUCAAAACUGGAACAUACAAUAAGUUAUACUUAGUAGUAGUACUUCAAUUAUAUCCACAGUAAAGAAUAAUAUUACAGAAAAACACACAAAUAGACAGAUUGUAUGUUCAUUGCUAUUUAUUUAUCAUCAUAUAUAAAGAUCUAAUCUAAAUAAAAAUUGUGUUAGACUAAGAAAUAUGAAAAUAAAAUAAAAGUGAGAGCUCUGUUUUAUGUGCAGGUCCUGCAUCCUCCACAGAGGCUUUAUUGUUGAGUGUUGAAAAGAAGAAGAGAUAAUUUCGCACUGAAACUAUGAAACAUUUCAUCUCAAGAAAAUAAGAGAGGUCACAUCACUCGAGAGGGAAGAUGAAGGAUCCUGGGCUUACAGGCAUAUUCAUGGACUUCAAAAGACUUUAUAUGCAAAUAUACAGUAUUUCACAAACAUAAUCAUACUCUACACAGAUUAAUACAAAAUGGAUACAGUCACACCUGCCUUGUCUAGAGUGGAAUAACACGAAAGAUAUAAAAUAAAUGUUUGCUUUGUUGUUUCUGGUCGAUGAACUGAAAAGUUGUAACUUUACACUUUCUCAACUACAGUGGAAAUAUUGUGUAUAAGUACACUGAAUGUCUGUGAGUGAUGUUGAUGCUUUCUGUGUUUCUGGAGAGUUGAAGCUGCUUGAUUUUACUCCUCUGUACUUUCAUGUAUUUAACUUCUAAUACAG